UUAAAUCUUUAGUAAAUAAUAUUAACCAUCUCAUACCAUUAUCGAAAAUAUUAAGGAAUAAUGAAUCCCCGUAGAUUGCCCGCAGGCGCCCGGGCGUAACGAAGCGCGACGCGAAGUGCGGUUCGAUUUCCCUUAAUAUCGCGUAAACACGGAACAGCAAAUAAAAACAAUUACAGUACUAAUUUGAAGUACUGUACAUUUUUUGGAUUUUGAAUUAUUAAUGCAGCUUACAGCACUGUGAAAUCUUGUAAGUAAUUUGAAAAUUAUUUUGGGAUUUAAAAUCUGUUUUGGACGUGCUGCCUUGGUUCUGCGUUUUAUGUAUUCGAAGGGAUUCCGGACCAACCCAGCCUGCCCCGUCCCAUGCAAACAGGACCAAGCUAAGAACUAGGCAUUGUCUCUGAUACCAGAAUCGAAUCCUAAGUAUGUCCCUUUAAUGGACGGUAUUCUCUCACAUACAAACAAGGCCCCACGAAACGCAGCAACCUGGUGCCGCAGACGGAAACCUCUUGUUAUUGACUCGAAGAUGAUGCUGGAUUAUAAAUCCUGCCCGGAUGCCACGGAAGAACGCAAUGUCAGACUGGAGUGUUUGGGAUCGUGGCGCAACGGAGUGAACCGGUAGCUUAUCGGUCGCACCACACACACCAUGGCCAACAGUAACGAAGAAAUAUUUCACUGCUUUUUGUAUAAGAUGACGGACGCUGGAGUUCAAUUGGCGCAGUCGGUCGACGCAACAUGUAAUGCACUGUUUUCCCCACAGGAAGGACCGCAGACGUUAACACUGACACCAGAAAAUAAACCCCAACCAAACUGUGUGUUUCCGCUGUACAUGUGGCUGAGCGAGCGGAGAAGCUGGCAUGCCAUGGAAUCGAAUGUCCACUUCGGUUUUGCCGCUUCCGGGACGUCAAUGCGGCAGUACACCGGGAAUUCGACGGACGACGACGAUGUCAUUCUGGAGACGACGUGUAUGCGGGAUUUCCCGACGCGGAUCACCGUCGGGGAGUCGUUUAAAGCCGUCAUGUUUGCCACUCGCGGAUGCUCGAGCGGAUACAUGUGUAGUUUGACCCUGAGCCAAACUGUGUUUUUCCGCUGUGGCUAAGCGAGCGGAGAAGCUGGCAUGCCAUGGAAUCAGAUGUCCAGUUCCGUUUUGCCGCUUCCGGGACGUCAUUGCGGCAGUACCCCGGCAAUUCGACGGACGACGACGAUGUCAUCCUGGAGACGACAUGCAUGCGGAAUUUCCCGACGCGGAUCACC